AUGUCUGAAACAAAUACUAAGAAUCGAAAAAAACUGAAGAAUCCACACACUGCUGGCAAAAAGAGUUUCGCUUUAGUCCGUAAUAAGUUGGUGAGAAAGAAGAAGACAGUAUCAUCUAAGGAUCUCUUUGUGGUUUCAAGAACAAGAAAACCCGGGCGUUUGUACGAGGCUUCGAAUGAAAAUACUACUAGUAAAAUUCAAAUGCAAGAAAAGAUGCAGAAAAUGGAGAAACAAAUGGAGGAACAAAAGAAAACUGUGCGACAAGAAGUUAUUGCAGAUGUAAUUGCACAACUCAAGCAUGCGGGAUUAAUUGAUCCUAACAUACUGGCAGCAUUGUCCAUUCCUUCACCAAGCGAACCUACUUCUGUUCAAGGGGCUGAGCAAGGUGAUGAAAUCAAAGAAGGCGAUGAAAGCAGUAGUGAAGACUUGACAUAG